AUAAAGAAUAGAACAGUGGCUUUAGUUUUUCGUUUCAGCCAUUUAAGUGAAGGCCCAAACCAAGAACGAAGCAGGCCUCCCAUGGCGGCCAUGUUUCCAUUUUUCUCUGUGUUUUCAACUCUCUCUUUCGCUCUAUACAAAAACCUUUUGAUGCGGUUUCCUCCUCUAACAAAACACAAAUCCACUGAGCUUCUCUUCUUCCAAGUUCCAACCCACAAAAAUGCUACCGAGUCUUCCUUUUUCCUUCUUCAUUCUAUAACUAUAACCCAAUUCAUCAAUUCCAAUAAAUAUUUUAUCAUUUUUGAGUCUGACCCUUCUCACUCCAUCUUCUUCUUAACUCUUCUUUUUUUCCCUUCUUUUAUCUUCCUCUAUUAUUGCUCUCUCCUCUUCCUCCACAAAAUUCCCCUUCCCCUUCCUUUUCUUAUUGUUUUUUUCCCUUUCUGGGGUUGCUUUAUUUUUUCGGAAUCUUGCCUUCGAUCAUCGGUUGGUUGAUACUCUACUUGGUUGGUUCAUGGUUGUGUAAUUAUUAGAUAUAUAUGGAUUGAGCUAAACCUUUCAUGGGAUGUGUGGAGGAUGAAGAACCAACCUUGAAACGUAUGAAAGUAGCCUUUACAGAGUUAAGGGGUCUUUCCAACGGUUCAUCCAUUAUAGAGCGUGUAGGGGGUUCUUCUAGGGACUUGAUGACUAGACCCCUACCGUCUGAAGGAGAUAAUUGCAAGGUUAUUGGUUUGAGAGGAGUUAUUAGAAAAGAUGAGUUUGUGAGAAUAAUUGCUAAUGCUUUAUAUUCCCUUGGUUACAAGAAGAGCAGUGCUCUCCUUGAGGAAGAGUCUGGAAUAGCCCUGUAUUCUUCUACUGUAAAUAUAUUUAUGCGGCACAUUCUUGAUGGAAAUUGGGAUGAAAGCAUUUAUACAUUACGUAAAAUUGGUCUAUCAAAUGAAAGCAUGGUUAAAUCUGCCUCCUUUUUUAUACUAGAGCAGAAAUAUUUGGAGCUUUUGCAAGCUGAUAGGGUCAUGGAAGCUGUGAAGACAUUGAGGACUGAGAUAGCUCCCCUUUCUAUUAACAACAAUAGAAUACACGAACUUUCAUCUUUCAUCAUGUCUCCUUCACUGGGUGGUUUAACUGGUUCACCUGGUGAAGAGCAUUUGAGAGCUAAGUCUCAGACAAAAUUGCUGGAGGAAUUGCAGAAGCUUCUUCCACCGACAAUUAUGAUACCUGAAAAUAGGUUGGAACAUUUAGUUGAACAGGCUCUUUUGUUGCAACGGGACUCUUGUGUCUAUCACAAUGCUUCAGAUCAAGAAAUGUCAUUGUAUACAGAUCAUACUUGUGGGAAAAAUAAGAUACCUUCUCAAACUUUGCAGGUGUUACAAGCACAUAGUGAUGAAAUUUGGUUCUUGUAAUUUUCUCAUAAUGGGAAGUACUUAGCUUCAUCAUCUAGUGAUCUAUCUACAAUCAUAUGGGAGGUAUAAUCACUAUCACUUUAUCAAUACUCCGGUUUAAGUGAACUAUGUUCAUUUGGAAUGAUGUAAUUACUCUUUAUUUCAUUAUUUGCUCUGAUGGUCUUAUCUAGCAAACGCUUGUAUGGUUUUACCUGCAAAAAUCUUUAAGAUCCUACCAUCCCAGUUGAGAAAUAUUUACACAAAUGAUGAUUAUAAUUUUGAUUAUGAUUAUGAUUAUUAUCUUUGAACAUAUGCAAGUAUUUGGGUCAACUGAUACACACACUAGAUAGAACUGAGCUAAUCAAAGGUGACAACUGGUUGACCGUAUGAUAUUUGAUUACUCGAAAACUUGUUAGAUUUUAAUACCUCGAGUUUGUGGCCAACAUAGGAUUUGAACCAAUUUCUUUGGGGUGCAUUAAUUUUUUUCUCUUGCUUCGGUGACCACUGGGUCUAUGGUGAUUAGAUGAAUGGAAAUGGAAAACGUAUCGCAAGGCUACAUGAAAAGUACAAUAUCCAAGAGAGGUAACUUCAUUAAUACGUUAAUGAAGGCUACAUGAAGAGGACAUCCUUUCAUCGAAGUCGAUAGGUCUAUGACCGUUUCUUGAUUAGGUGUUUCAACCCUCUCCCUUUUCUUUAGAACUACACACAUCAAGCUUAUGAAGUUUGGUAAAAUUUACUCGCCUCUUGAAAAUUUAAUUUCAGAACCAAUUUUACUUGAGAGUUAUCUAUGUGUUCUGAUUGGGUUUACAUCACUCAUCAAUGGCCCUUGUAAAUAUUGAAUCAUUUGCGUGGCUUGAAACUAAGACUUAAGUCAUUAGAGUUAGUGAUAAUCUAUUUCUUGCAAUUGAAAACAAUAUCCUUGGUGCUUCAGUUCUAUCUACUAUGCCACUAUUCGCCACUGACUGGUGUGGAUUAAAAUUAUGCAGUGGUUUUGUUGUGGUCUCUGGACUUUCCUUUGGGUGUUGGACCAAUUUGGAAAUAAAUUUUGGAUUAGUUUCUUGUAUUCAAGUUAUGUAGUUUUUGAAGUCUACAUAAUAAUUAUAUGGUCUUUGAAGCAUAAACUAUAUGGUCACCAGAAACCCGUCUUCUUGGUUUCAUAGAGUCUUGAUGAUAGUCAGAUGCUAACCUGUGGGGUGGAGGAGGCCAUUAGGCUGUGGAAUUUUUCUUUCGGCAAGUGCCUCCAUGUUUAUGAAAAGGCUGGCUCUAGGUUGGUUUCUUGUGGAUGGUUUCCUGAUGGGAAGUCUAUACUAGCUGGUAUUAAUGAUAAAAGUAUCUACAUGUGGGAUUUAGAUGGCAAAGAGUUAGAUUCUUGAAAAAGGCAACGGAUUUUGAAGAUAUCAGAUUUAGAAAUAACAGAUGAUGGGAAGAAAAUUAUUUCUAUACGCAGAGAAACUGCAAUUUUGCUUCUUGAUAGGGAGGCAAAAAUGGAUAAAUUGAUUGAAGAAGAUCAAAUAAUAACUUCUUUUAGAGUGUCUAAAGAUAAUAAGUUCUUGCUGGUUAAUCUUCUGAAUCAAAAAAUCCAUCUAUGGAGUUUAGUAGGUGAACCUAAGCUUGUAUCGGAGUAUAAAGGUCAUAGGCGCACUCGGUUUGUUAUCCGGUCUUGUUUUGGAGGACUUGAGGAAGAUUUUAUUGCAAGUGGUGGUGAGGAUUCACAGGUAUGCAGAUCCUUUUGUCCUUUUAACAUUUUGAAAACUUUCUUUCUAUAUUGAGCCUAGAUUUUUAUUUUAUUUUAUUUUUAUCUACAACGUUACAUUUGGAUGAGUAUGCCAGCAGCAUGUCAAUGUUCAGGCACUAACACCUUGGGGAUGCGGAUGCAUGGAUGCUUUAUGUUGAUUUAUUUUUGGUUGUAGAAGAAAUUUCUUUGAGAUGUAUAAAUCUGGACAACUUCCUUGCAAGGGAGAUGUCUGUAUUUGUGCAUUUGUGUUUGAAUAGAGCGAUGCUAGUUGAAUGAAGGAUGACUUUGGUGACGUAGUUAGAUUGAGAACGCAAAUCUCCUCAGGAUCUUGAGUUUCUCCUUUCUGAACUUUUUGAAUAUCCUUUUGUAUGGCCCUAAUUGAUGGUUCUUCCUUGCUGUCCGUAGGUAUAUAUAUAGGGCGCUUAUAGAAUCGUUACCUGGUCACUCUGGUUCAGUUAAUUGUGUGAGCUGGAAUCCUACAAACUCGCACAUGCUGGCAUUGAUCAGUGAUGACCAUACGAUUAGAAUAUGGGGCUUAAAGGGACUAAACAUAAAAUGGAAUAGUGCGUACGGUCACGACGUCCACUAUUGCAAUGGUGAAACUGGAACUUAUUGAGAGGGAGGACUCACGGCCAUUCCCCGGUUAUUAUUCUUUUCUUCCCUCUCUGACAGUUGGCCCUGUAAAUACUUACUACAGUCACUUUUCUAAGAUUCAUGUUAAAUCUGAAUUAAGAAGUUUAUUUCUUAAAUGAAAAGUUAUUUCAAUGGUA